UCGUACUCGCACAAUUUUUGAAUUUUGACUACUGCGGUAAUACACGAUCGUAUUCCUUCGCAAGUGUCUUUUGAUUGCCCUAGAAUUAAAUACACAUGGCUGCUGACAGGACCGAUUCAUAUGAAUGGACCUGUGAGUCGGAAAUUCAUCUCUUCCAAGGAUUAAUGAAGCACAAACCCGUUGGGGUAUCUCGCCAUUUCGAGAUGAUGUGCUUGUGCAAUUAUCUGAAUUCAGUUCUUCGCAAACCAAUCACUCCUGAAGCUAUUUGGAAGAAGCUGGAUACCCUGUUCAAUAUGGAAGAACUGCAUGAGUCAGAAGUAAACCCGUUUCAAGGUAAAACGAAGGAAUUCAGUCUACCCGAGGAGUUUGAUUCCUUGAAAGAAUUGAAGUUUCCUCGUGUUGGUCAUCGGAGCGAUACAGUUAUACCCAAAUCUCCAGUUGUAGUCAUAUUUUUGGUAUUUAUGUGACAAAACGCCAACUAUUCUUAAAGGGAUAUAUAUAUAUAUAUAUAACUUAGGAAGAUGUGAAUUUUCAAGAAUGUGAGUUAUCAUUCUCUUGGGUGAAUUUCGUAGACUAGGAGACAGUUUUGAUUGGAAUAUUUGCAAGACUUCGCACAAGUCACAACAGCAUUUAGAUCUCUCUAUGAAAUCAAUUAAGGGACUGAUCAUGCAUGAAUACUGGAGAGAGACACUUCUUAUGA